ACCAGAGCAGCGGCGUGCUGAGUGCGGAGCAACCCGUGAGUACCGGAUUCUCCCGACGCCUCCAGCCUAUGAAAUCAGUGGGGUUCCUCUCGUUCUGGUUCUGUACCCAAAGCAGUAAUGCGCGCGCGCGGACGCGGGACUCCAGUGCUGCUCCGAGACGAGUUUCAAGAAGAGCGCACACCUUUGCUGUCAAUGUCAGCGCAGGUAGAGAAGGGAAGGGGAUCCCGGAAGAGCUCGUAGUGCCGGGUUACCAGUCUGGUUUACGUAGCCUGCACUUUUUAUUCCAACGCAAGCGAGCGCUGGUGGACUUGUUGGCCUCUUUCACAAAGAAGUGACUCUCCCUUUUUUUUUUUUUUUUAAAGUUUGAAAAGUGAAUGAACGGAAAGAAGAUGAAGAAGAAGCUGUACGUGGUGAUGGACGUGCUGUGCGUUGUGGUUGCGGCACUGCCCUUCAUCAUCAUGACCAUCCUGUUCAAGCCAUAUGAAAGAGGGAUUUACUGUGACGACGAGAGCAUCAUGUACCCCCUAAAACCAGACACCAUCACCCAUGGCAUGCUGGCUGCUGUCACCAUCUCCUGCACCGUCGUCAUUAUCUCCUCGGGAGAGGCUUACCUGGUCUACAGCAAGAGGAUUUACUCUAAUUCUGACUUCAACCAGUAUGUGGCCGCACUCUACAAGGUGGUGGGCACCUUCUUGUUUGGAGCCUCUGUUAGCCAGUCGCUCACCGACCUCGCCAAGUUCACCAUCGGCCGCCCGAGACCCAACUUCAUGGCCGUGUGUCUUCCUAAGGUCUGCACGGGAUACCUGCAGGUGAUCAACUGCACUGGCAAGCCCCGUGACGUCACAGAGUCCAGAUUGUCCUUCUACUCCGGUCACUCCUCUUUUGGAAUGUACUGCAUGCUCUUCCUAGCGCUUUACGUGCAGGCCAGACUGGUGGCGAAGUGGGCCAGACUCCUCCGGCCCACCAUUCAGUUCUUCCUGGUGGCCUUUGCGGUGUAUGUGGGUUACACCCGAGUCUCUGAUUACAAGCACCACUGGAGUGACGUGCUGGUGGGUCUGUUGCAGGGAGCGCUUGUUGCUGUAUUCAAUGUGCACUUUGUGUCAGACUUCUUCAAGAAGCGUCCUCCGCGUUGCACGAGGCCGGACACGGCUGACAGCGAAGAGCCAGCCAGGAAACCCAGCCUGCAGAUUGCAGACUCCGAGCACGGCAACCAUUACAACUAUCACCACAAUCCAGGUCCCGUGUGACGGAGGGAGGUUGGGGGCUGAUGCUGUAGGGAACAGAAGCUGCAGCCUGCAGACCUCAGACCUGUGUGAUGGCAUCCAACUCUUGGGCUUCGACCUCGAUUGUGCGGUCAACAGUGUUUAGUUCAGGGAAUACCCCGGGGUCAUCUGCGGUCCUGACUCUGUAGGCUGCCCGCUGCAGACUCCUCAUGCUAUGCGAGAAGUCCUAUGAGUGUGAGAUAUGUUUGAGAGUGUCGAUAUGAGUUCUGCAACCAAUCCUUUGUAUGUCUAUUUAAAAGGAGCAACGCUGGGGAUCAGGUCUGCAGCUUGCAGCCUCCAAGCCCCCCCGCCCCCCCUGCUCCCUCCCAAACCACUCGCACCCCACCUACUCCCCAACCACUGGACUGACUGAGGGGGCGGCAUCCCAUCCAGGUGCCCGAGCCCCCUCUCAAAGACACCGUGAUGACCUCCUGUUCUCCUGUAAGAGAGAGGGGAGCAUAUUGUUUUGAAGACGUCAUUGUUGACGUUGAAGCACGUGUGCUUAAAGCUGCAUUAAGCGAAAGACUCCAAACCCCACAGCAACAACGCUAUGCUAUACUAUGGCCUUAAUAAGUGCUUGUGUUCACAAGCAAGUCACACACAGCCAAAACAUCCCAAUGAGAGUCAUUUCCUGCCAACUGACAAAUGUAAGUCUGAUUUUCACUCACCUUUAUGCCUUUUUUUUAUGCCACAUCCUGAGAAAAAUAGGUUCUGGGGUGUUGAUUCUCAGCGGGAUUCCUAAUACAAGCAACUAUUUUACUUCCCAGGAGUUCUUUGAUAUCAAAUAUAUUGCUUAAUGUAGCUUUAACAAUGUUGUAUAUGUAUUUUAAUUUCUGUAUGUAGAGAACCAAAUGUGUUGCUAGUGACGAAAGAAACGAGGAGGAAGAAAGACAAGAAUGUUAAUGAAUGUUGGUGAAGGCACAGUUUGUUGAUUUAGCGCCCUCUUAGUGCACCUUAAACUGGCUCCACACAACCAAGGAAUUGAAGUUAGCACCCGGUCCACAGUAGAUGAGCUAAUUCUCCCCUCCUAUUAUGUCAUGCUGUUGGCAGAGACACAAAUAAAGUGUCAGCUGCGAGCCACCCCGAAGCUGCUUUUGAACUCGACUCAAACAACACGCAUCAACGUGAUCUGAACUUUAGCUGACAAUACAUUUUUUUUGCCAGCUGUCCCUAACUGCACAAACCGGUCUGGUUAUCUACUCGCACAAACAAUAAAAAUGUUUUUAAAAGUGGCCGUACAGGCUCGUCGUGCCAGAUGACUCACGCUACGACGCUCAUUCCAGGAGGGAAUUUGUAGUCUCAGUAAUUACUUCUUAGUGUUGUGUUGAAAGCGUGUUCAGGUACGUGUCUGACUCUCAUUAGUGCCAAUUGGUUUGAAUCCAAAUUAAGUGAAGGAUAUGGAGUCUUAAAAUUUAUGUGCAGAUUUUAAUUGUAAUUGUUUCCCCUGUGUGAGAUGGACUGCAGAGUUAGAAACCAUUGAUGCAGAUAGCUUUCAUUACUGUUGGUCUUUAUGUGUCAUACCACUACUAUAUUGCCAAUCAAAUAUUACGCUACUUGGCCUCGAUGCUGUCCUCUUUUUUUUCAGUUUUUAUUGUGUUUUUUCGUUUUCUUUCUACACUAUUAAUCAAAGAAGGAUGAGACAACCAUUUCGAAAAUGGCGUUUUAAUUUAUUUUAAAUACAAGAAGUUCUUUUAUUUUACUCUUGCAAGGUUGGAAAUGCCAGCGCUGUUAAGGUUUUUGUGCAAUCUCCCCUGCUUGCCACUAUGAGCCACAAAUAUUGUAUAUACUAAUGCUAUGAGACAUGUUUCAUGUUGCA